GCUUUAGCGGCUGGAUCCGCCUUCCCGGCAAGCCUGAGCCGGGAGCCUCGCAAAGAGGGGCUCCGGGCUUGACAGCAGGAACGCAGGAGACUGGCUCCACCGAGGGAGGAUGAGCUGGUCAACGCCGUGAAGCUGGGCUUCUGCUUGCCAGUGGGAUCCAGAAAUGGGGUACUGGAGGAGACCGGGUCUGCUUUCCUUACUGCUGCUCUCCUUGUCCUGCGGUGCCGGCGCCCGCCGCAGCCUCAAGACCAACCUGUGCAAGUGGUGCGACUCCACAGCCCCAGCCUGCGAGGAGAAGGUGUGCUACAGCAACUGCAACCUCAACUCCUACUGCGAGGACCCCUACGAGAUCUGCGUGGCAAUAUGGAGACAGGACAACGAGAGCAUCAGGAUCAGCACGCUGUGCCACAACCCCCAGCGCCCCAUUGAAAACCUCAUGGUCCCCAACUACAACACCUCGCGCUGCAUCAUGAGCCACCAGCCCAGCGAGGACAGCAUCAUCUACGUCUGUGGCUGUGUGGAUGAGCAGGAGUGCAACGACAAACUCAUCUUUGAAAACCACACCAAUGGCUACUCCAUGCUGCAGAGCAAGGAGGUGAUCCCAGUGGCUGCCAUCAGCCUCCUGCCCCCGCUGCUGGUGGCGGUGAUGAUCACGGUGAUAUUUUACCUCUGCCGCACGCAGAAGCGACGCAAGAGAGCCAAGGCCUGGGGUGGGAAACAGGGACAGCCCCCGGUGCUGCCGGAGCAGGGGAAGGCAACCGAGCGGGAGGAGAAGUUGUCAGUGCUGAUGGACGAGAGCCCAGCCAGCACCAGCCCCGGCUGCGCCAGCAGCCGCCCCGCUGAGCUGCUCCCCAUCGAGCUGGACGAGAUGGUGGGCAAAGGGCAGUUCGCGGAGGUGUGGAGGGCCAAGCUGAGCCACAGCCGCUCGGGGCAGUACGAGACUGUGGCUGUGAAGAUCUUCCCCUGCGAGGAGUACUCCUCCUGGAAGAACGAGAGCCAGAUCUUCACCGACACCAGCCUCAGGCACGACAGCGUCCUGCAGUUCCUCACUGCCGAGGACCGGGGCACGGGGCCCCGCCGGGAGUACUGGCUCAUCACCGCCUACCACAGCCGAGGCAACCUCAAGGACUACCUGUCCCACCACGUGCUGAGCUGGAUGGACCUGCAGAAGAUGGCUGGGUCCCUGGUGAGUGGAGUGGCCCACCUUCACAGCGACUACACCGCCUGCGGCCGCCCAAAAAUCCCCAUCGCGCACCGCGACAUCAAGAGCACCAACGUGCUGGUGAAGAGCGAGCAGGAGUGCGUGCUCUGCGACUUCGGCAUCGCCAUUCGCCUCGACCCCUCCCUCACGGUGGAUGACUUUGCCAACAGUGGGCAGGUGGGCACCGCCAGGUACAUGGCCCCAGAGGUCCUGGAGUCCAGAGUGAACCUGGAAGACCUGGAGUCUUUCAAGCAGAUGGAUGUCUACUCCAUGGCCCUUGUUUUGUGGGAAAUGGCUUCCAGAUGUGAAGUGGUAGGAGAGGUGAAGAAUUAUGAGCUGCCCUUUGGGUCGAAAGUCCAGGAGCAGCCUUGUGUGGACACCAUGAGGGACAUCGUGCUGCAUGGCAGAGGCCGGCCCGAGAUCCCAAGCAGCUGGCUGGUGCACCAGGGAAUGCGCUUCCUGUGCGACACCAUCACGGAGUGCUGGGACCACGACCCCGAGGCUCGGCUCACCGCCCACUGCGUGGCUGAGCGCUUCAACCUGAUGGCACAGAUGGAUUGUGAUGACAUCCUCAACAACAACAUGGACAACGAGGCCAGCAAAACAGCUUCUCCAGGUGGGGAGCUCCAGGACAGCGAUGGGAGCAGAAACAUUCAGUGAUGCAGCAGGCAGAAGUCCUCAUCACGAGGAACAAGAGGAUAAAGGAGAAGCAUUUAGCUCAUGGGGGAAAAAAACCUCACUGUUUUUCAAAAUGGAACUAAGAUCUAGUACAUAAAUUAUUUAUAAGAUCUCUUUCCUCCCACAGAUACAAUGAACUGAGGAAUCAAUAUUUUGGUUAAAGUGAAACAUUAUUAUAUGAACUGACUUUGUACUUACUUAAAAUGUAUAAUGAUGCAAAGCAUUCCUUUUAUUAUUUUUUAAAAUAAUAAUGUUUAAUCUUUUAUUAAUAAGCAGCUGAAUUCCACGUCUAUCUUUUUUAAGUCCUUCCAUAUUGUCAUCAAGAGUUUCUUGUCUAGCUUAUUCUGCAGUGAUUAAAACAAUAUUCCUCUUUUUAAUGGCCUACACAUACACACACAAAAUCUGUUGUAGCAGGGAAAAAAGAGAGUCAUGAGAUGUACCACACCCUCUGUGGAAGAAAUGCUGACAUCCAAGAAAAUCACUCAUGCAACACUGUCCAAAGAUCCACAAUAAUCCAGUUUGUAAAAGCCUGAUCCGAUGGAACUCCAACAUACCUUUCCUCACUGGGGAACUCCUGGGUUGACAGUUCAGGUGGGUGUGUGAAGCUUCUUUGAAAGACAAACAAGAAGUCACCAGUGUAGACAUGGCUGCUUCACCCAAAUAUUUUCCAUGCAGGAUAUCUAGACAAGCCUUUCCCCCAUCAGACCAGUUUCCAGCCAGCUCUAGCCAGAUCUGUGCCACAGUAACAGUGUCAACACAAAGGUGUUGGCAAAUUCUUCUGGAAACUCUCACACCCCCCUGCUGCAUUACCCCACCUGGGGAAACAGGAUCAGACUGAACUGAGACCUUUAUCCCCACGAUCACCAGAUCAACCCAGGCUGCCUCUAUUCUGGACAGCAAUUAAGGAAAGGUAAGUCACACCUCACUCUGAACCCUGGUACUGUGCAAAUCCCUCCACCCUUGGGAGCAAAGACCUCAGGUGCCCCUAAGCCCUGCAAGCCCAUACCUGACACCUACACAGAGGUGUAUUUUUUGGGAUUGAAUCCAUUUCUUGCCACCACACAGGUGCAUGGAUCAGCCCAGAAAGAGCAGAAGGGAGCAAACCAUGCAACAGCCACAAGUUUUCUGCAGCUGAGGCUCCUCAGUGUGGAGCAGGGACACAGAUCUGCAGGGCUGCUUUGGUUCUCUUAAGUGCUCAGCUAUGACAGCACUAACCCAUAUAAAAACCUUUUCUUCUCUAGCUAUUGUUUCCAUCUCCCUGGACUGUUUUUACAGCUGCUAAAUUAAAAACCUAGAAACAAAUUGUCUCUAAACACUUCAAAUAAGGACAGAAGGGGAAUGAAUUAGGUUGCACCAAACGUAAAUAACAAAAAAUUUGCUUAGCUACCACUUAUGCCAUCAGCAACUGUGACCACACCUGCCAUUCUCACUAAUCUUCACCUGGCUGCUACCUCCUGACACCUUAUAAUUUUUCAAGUUAACCCUUUUCUCUUGAAGCCAGCCACCCUCCCCAGCUCCCCACAAAUACAUCUUUUCCAACCCACCUGAUUUCAGCCUCAUUUCUUUAAUAUAUUAACCACUGCUCUCGCACAAGAGAAACUGAGCAGGGAGCAGCUUUUCUGUCAUGGAGAUAAAAAACUACAGGAACACACCAAACUACCCCCCAGUCUUGCCUUCCCACAGUAUUUUGUGCAGAAUUUCCAUACCAAGUUCUGCACCAAGUUGUUUGGACACACUGGUGAGUGCAUUCACCUGUUCUUUCAAGCUCAAAAGGAUUUAAAAGACACUCUGACCUGUUCUUCCCACAGGUGACAGGGACAGAGGGGGAUCAGCCUGUGCAAACUAGACAUUCAAGGCUGCAUCUCUGAUCCUGGUGGCUGCAAUCCAAAUUCUCCUGGGAAGACAGACUUCAUCCUAGGCUUGACAUUUCAUAUUAUAAAUACACUGAAAAACUUCAUCUUUUCCCCUACCCAUGCCCAAAAUCUUGAACAACCCAAUUUGCAUCGUGCAUUUUUUUAUAAAACACAAAUCCACCAGGAUUACACACCUGAAUGCCUUGAAUGCCUGGGUUAAACAGGGCUGACUUGCUGCAGCAGGCUGCAAGCACCUCUAAAGACAGCCACUUAUUUAAGAUCUAAGAUCUGUUUAUGAUUCAGGGAGCCUAAAAGCACUGAGAUGAAUGAAAAUUCUGCUCUUAACUUCAGUGGGGCCCAACCAAGCCAAGAAGACAGAAGGUAACUUAAGCCAAUGUCCUACUUUGCCAUGUUCCCUGUUGGAACACACUGUGGUUCUAGCAAGUAUCUACACAGGAAGCAGCACUGAGCCUUUCCCUUUGCUCCAGAAGGUACAGGAUGGAAACAACAUCAGUUAUGCAAGAGAACCAAAUCUGGUCAGAGUUAAAAAUACAUCCAUUACUCCGCAGGGUGUUUGCCAUUCUCAGAAGAAUCACAAUUACAAUUUAAGCUGGAUAUUCAGUGGCUAGAUUUUUUCUUUUUAAAUGGUUUUCAACUAUGUCCUUUGUUUCUGGAAGCAGAAAUUUGCAUCAUAACUAAAUCCAUAUCAGAAACCAUUCCAGUUCUCAUGAUCACUUAAGUAAAGGAAGGCUUUACCUUCUUUUUUCCUAGAAACAUCCCCAUGUUAAAAGAAAUCACUUCAUGUAUUUUAUCAAAGUAUUUCUUCAGCGUUAGGUCUAUUUUUACACAACAAAAUUAGUAACAGCUCUCUUAGUGAGAAACCACAAGCAUACCAGAUGAGGAAGGAAGAGAAAUAACUUGACUAAUAGUACUAUAUAAGGAACACAAAUGGGUUUAUAGUCAACAUGGGAGCUUUUGAGUCUCAUUUACAGCCAUCACCUUGACAAAUCCCAAAUAAAAAUUUUAAGCUGAGUUUAGCGACUGAGUUGUAAGUCUAUAUUUUAGUUAGCUUAAGUUUGAUCCCUGGAGUGUGCUCAGCUGGAAAAGGUUUGGUUUUGCUCUGAUCACUGCAAUAUUAAAAGCUGGGCCUUGCACCACAGCCCUUGCUGUUCAUGUGAAGCAAAUGUGCCAUGUGACAUGGAUAAAACAACCAUGAAAUGUAUACAAUGCUAAUCUGGUUCUCUACCAGCCCCAUUUUGGUGCAGGUACUGAUGAACCAUGGAAGAGUUUCACACAUUGCCACCACAAUUCCCACCCCAAAUCCUGGAAUUGGCCAAGGAGCCAAAUGUGCCGCAGACCCAGAAACAAGGAGGAACUAAUCCCACUAUUUUAAUUUUAAUUUUUAUUCCUGGUUAAGCAUGAAAAUGCCCAAUGGAUAUCCAAAAUGAUCACAACAAGAUGGUUGUAUAGAAUAUCACAAACAAGACAAGUAGGGCUUAAAACAUUCUUCUGCUGGAGAAUAGUUACCACUCAAGCACAUAGUGCCAAAAUAUCCCACUUUUGGGACCAAGGAAAGCCCAGACAGAUCUCCAGCAUGAAAGAAAACAACCACCUACUCUUUCCUGGUCACCUGAUCUCUAGGAAAGCAGACAGAACAAAUGAAUCAUUUUGUAGCUUUAUUAUCCCCCCCCACUUCUCACAAACGGACUAUGACUUGCAUUGAGAUCUCAGUGCAUUUCACAGCAAAAAAAAAAAAAAAACAAAA